AGUUUUCUGGCUUCUUUCCUGCCUUAGGUGUCAGGUUCUACUUCAGUGAUUUCCCCCUGAAGAUCAGGUUAUCUGUGUAUGAGCCAAAAACAUCUUGAAAGCCCCCUAGCUCUGUGAUUGAAGCUUCUUCAGGGAUAGCUACACCCAAAAUGACACAUCACCUGAAAUUUAUUGCCAGAACAGUGAUGGUCCAGAAUGGGAAUGUGGAUGCUGCUUACAGGACACUAAACAGAAUUCUAACGAUGGAUGGGAUCAUUGAAGAUGCCAGACGGCGCCGGUACUAUGAGAAACCAUGUCGCAAGAGGCAGCGGGAGACCUAUGAGACAUGCCGGCGGAUUUAUAAUGCAGAAAUGGCCAGGAAGAUUGGCUUUCUAAUGAGGAAGAAUCGACCGGACCCCUGGCUAGGCUCUUAGAUCCCAAGAAUUACAAUAGCUGGGAAAACUGUAACUUCUUUUUAAAACAAACAAGCAAACAUAAAACAAAACCCACACCACUGUCAUAGCUGAUCUCUUCGUUGCUAGUGUCAACUGAGAGGCCAAUGAGCGAAUGGGCCAUGGAGACUGAAUUCUCUUCUCCACCAGGGCAGGAUUGAAGACCAUCAUACCAUCAAAUCUCUCAGCUUCUGAACAAUUACUAUGUUGUGCCUAUCUGUUAAUAAAAGUAUGCAUUUUA